UAUACGUAAUGGCCUGGAAAUUCCAGCUAAGACAUGGCGAAAGCAUCCGAGUGACUUUUCUCGCUAGACGAGCCGAGCCUCUCCGGGAAUUCCCUUUAUACAGACCAAUUCUAUUUACGGUAGGUAAAUAACCAUAAAUUUCCAUUCAUAAUUUGCAUUAUUUAUAAAACAACAACCAUCUAGCCAAACGCUGAUCUAUAUUAGCAAACUGUAGCCCCGUACCCUACGGUUCGUGUGUACCUUAGUGGACGUUGUCACACAGUUCUGUGAGCUUUGGUUCUUAGACUAUGUCGAAAACACCUUCCGAAAUCUAUGGAAACACAAACGGCCGACAGCGACUGCGACCGUGGCUAGUUAACAAGAUCAACAGCGGUUCAAUCAAGGGCCUAGAAUGGAUGGACGAAGCAAAAUUGAUGUUUAAGAUUCCAUGGAAGCAUGCAGGAAAACAAGAUUACGACCCCGAGGAGGAUUCCAGGAUCUUCAAGGAAUGGUCCCUUCAUACGGGCAAGUACAAACCCAGCAUGACACCAGAACCGGCUGUCUGGAAAACAAGACUUAGGACAGCUUUGAACAAGCUCCCGGACAUCGAGGAGGUUCAAGAUAAAACCCAACUUGACAUCCCGGAACCGUACCGCGUCUACCGACUCCUACCCAGACAGAAAAAAUCUCCACCGUUAUCUCAACAAAGGUCCAAUGGUCACAGAGCAUAUCAUCCAUACCACAAUAGGAUCGACACAACAAACCAGCAAGAUAGAACGCGAAUGACUUACAAUACCGGUGGCAAUAUAAAUCAGGGUUACCCCACAACCAUGAUACCUUACGAUCAGUUGACACCACCAUCUGGUAACUCACCGAACGAAACGUACUAUGGAUUCCAGACACCAAUUAGCCCAAGUUUCACUCCUCCUAACUCCGCCGUCGGUCUGAAUAUUGACGAUGUGAAUGACGUCAUUAGCGCCAGUUACAUGAGUGACCUCGAUCAGAUGAGCGGUGGUUCCUCGCCACCAAAUAUGGAUCCCGAAACACAGUACCAGAACAGCAACCACCUCACUCAGUUCAACUACAUUCAGGGCGGAAUCAUCACAUCUGUACCGGCCAUUACCAGCCUGCAAUCCAGGGCUGCCUACGGAUUUCCAAACAUGGCGUUUGCACCACAAGCCCAGGGAUGUGUACCAACCUCAGCUGUUGGGAUGACAUCUCCCGUAUAUAGUCAGACUCCGUACCAAGCACACAAUGCAAUGGUGCCGUAUAAUGGGAUGCAAGCAGCAGACGACAUGUGGACAGCCUCCACUGUUCCUGCUAGAGAUGAUAACAUCAUAAUGCAAACAGAGAGAGAAAUGGAUAUAACGAUACGUUACCGAGCAGAAAACGUGGUGAAAGAAAGAGUGUGCAACUCAGGGUGUUGUAUCUACUCCAAGUCCCCGCAGCCGGGACAUGAGCAUCUAACGCCCAUCGAGUUGCCAGAUAGUCAUGAGGUAGACUUUAAGGUACUAAAACCGAAAGAGAAACAGAUGGAACUCACAAACACCGUAAUUGAAAACAUGUUCAAGGGUUUGACUAUUGAAUAUGUCCAAUCAGAACGCUCCAUAUAUGUGACCAGGUAUUGUAAAGGGAUGGUCUUCUGCUACAGUACUCAAUUCCACAUCGGCCAACCACCUAUCAAGUUAGAAAGAGAAAAACGAUUUAAGAUAUUCGACUAUAACAAGUUUGACUACGAUUUCACGCAAUGGUAUAAGGGAGACUAUUUGCAGGGCAGUCGUAUGCCUAUCCAAAAACCUGAGAUUUUCUUCAGCGUUGCUCAGAAAUGGCAGCCACUGACAUCAGGUCUUGAAGAUAACAGUCAAUCGUCUGUCGAAGAUUCUCUCGUACUGGACGACUGCCUUGUGAAUAUUAUUGUCCGGCCUGUUCGCGCAAAUGAGUAUAUUGAAGCAGUUGAUAAAAAUAAGCUGUCCGAGCAAGUCCCUGUGGGGAUGAAAAUAAAGCAACCUCUCUUCUCUAGUGAAGAGCAACAGGUAACUACAGACACCACGAGUCUUCAGUUUACUAAUGACUACUACACGCAGACGUACCGUUCGUACAACAUGUACAAUGGAACUCCACAAGUGACCACAAAUAACACGCAUGUACAACAAGCUGCCAUAACCCAGCUUAGUUAAACUUUCUAAAAAGAUUUACAGAAACGUUGACGAGGGCUUCUUUUCCUAAUAUCAUAAAGCAUCCGUGGUCUUCUGAACUCGUCCAUACACAUGUUUAUUAUGAGUGUAAAAAAAAAAGAAAAGAAAACACGAAGAGCACGUAGUUUCGUGUACAUGGACUUUGUUUCUUGGUACAAUAAUUAUGUUUUUAAACAUAAUAUAAUUUGAUUAAAUAGUGAUGUAUUGCAAAAAUUAAAUCAACUGAUAAAAGCGGAAUUUCAUCAAUGUUACUAUUUCGUUUUUGCUUGUAGAAUAUAAAUUGAAGUAAAGCACAUUUAAAAGGUUUAGUGUAAUAUAGGCCAAUAUUGUGUAGCAUUUUUAGGAAUAGGCCUACUGUUGUACAUUUUUGUGUAAAUAAUUUUAUAUCGGUGUAUAUACUUAUUUUAUGAUGUCAAUAUUAGAAAAAUCUAAAAAAAAGUCUUGACUGCCGCAAUAAGAAAGGAAAAUAAUGCUAUAAUCAUUGUAAUCGAAGCUGUGGAUUUUUUACCGAUAAAACUACUGAUAAGCUAGGACACACUCCAUUAGAAGUGCAAGUAAAACAGUAUACUCAAGCCUUACAUUAACAUUAAAAUGUCAGUCAAAUGAAAUGACGUCAUUAUUAUGGCUAAAGCUGCAUUCACAUCGGAUCCGAACCGAAAUUCAAACCGCGUUUCUGAUGCGUUAAACACCAGCAUUCCUAUUCUUACAUACUGAUUCGAAUUUUUUAUCAGUUCGGCCUUCCGAUCCGAAAAUUCGGAUUCGGUGUGAAUAAUGAGGCUUAAUGCGUCGAGUUGACACAAACACAGGCGUUACUUGAGUUUGAGUCAGCGCGCCUAAAUCACCUUAGUGUGAACAAAGAUUAUGGGGGUUAAUGUGCUGCGUCACAUCCCAUCAACUAUACAUGCUCAGGAUUUUUAUAUUUUAAAUAGCAUAAUAACUGGAAGAUAAUACAUGCUUAAGUUUGGUUUCCAUACAAUCGCUAGAAUGUCGCUACAGUGUUUUCAGUGCAAUCGUUGUACUACGCAGCAAUCAGGAAGGCUUCGAUUCGACCGACUAAUCAGCAUAACCGAAAGCUGCUGGCGAUAGCGUGUAGCGAUUGUAUGGAAACUAAGGUUUACCAAAUAAAAUGUAUCACGCUGCCACUUACAAUGCACAUUUUGUACCGGCAACUCUCCUAAUACAUACAUGUAUAUAUAAAUGUACAUACAAUAGCUGUAUAUAAUGUUGAUAAGAAAUUUGUUAUAAAACAUUUGCAAUUUGGCUUUUUAAAAUAAAUUGUUUAAUUUUUUUAGGUUCCUGCUGAAAUUAAGUUAUGUACAUUUUGCGUUACUGAAAUAAAAAUUACCUACCUUUCCAAUUUUGUAUCGUUCAUGUUCCUUUGUUAACCUGAAAUUACUGGAUCGCUGAAUAAAAAUGUAUUAUGGGCAACAUAAA